AGGCGCGCUACUCCGAGGAGAGCGAGCAGCGACGCUCUCAGACACACGCGCUCGUGCGCACACACCAUCGGAUGCAAAUAUGUCACGAGCGCCGGGCUGUGCCGCGAGCGCCUCAGAUUAAAACCCACGCAGACGCAGAGCGGACGGUUGAGGAUAAUUCCGCCAUGGGAGGACAGAUCACCAGAAACACCUUGUACGACUCCCUCGGCGGUCCGUUCCCGUCCACGUCCCACCGGUGUCACCACAAACCCAAAAGAUGCCUGCCGAUCCACUGCGGCAGCGUCGGCGGGCCUCUUCCUGUCAGUCCUCUUCUUUUCCACCCGAAUGCCAAGGGGUCCCAGAUCAUCAUGGACCUGGCUCAGAAGACCGUGAAGAGACGGGCCAGUUUCUGCAACGCCAUCACCUUCAGCAACCGGCCCAUCGCGCUGUACGAGCAAGUCCGCCUCAAGAUCACUAAAAAGCAGUGCUGCUGGAGCGGAGCUCUGCGUCUGGGCUUCACCUCCAAAGACCCGUCCAGGAUCAACCCAGACAACCUGCCCAAGUACGCCUGCCCAGACCUGGUGUCCCAGAGCAGCUUCUGGGCCAAGGCGCUGCCCGAGGAGUUCGCCAACGAGGGAAAUGUCAUCGCCUUCUGGGUUGACAAGAAGGGCCGAGUCUUCUACCGGAUCAACGAGUCCAGUCCCAUGCUGUUCUUCAGCGGAGUCCGCACGGCUGAGCCCGUUUGGGCCCUCAUCGAUGUCUACGGACUGACCCGCGGGGUCCAGCUGCUAGACAGUGAGAUCGUUCCCCCUGACUGCCUGCGCCCACGCUCCUUCACCACCGUGCGCUCCUCCUCUCUGCGGCGCGAGGCGGAUGACUCUCGCCUGUCCGUCAGCCUGUGUGACCUGAACCUGCAGCAGGAGGAUGGAGGCCCCGCCCACAGCCACUCCCACCGCCACACCCUCCACCUGGCCUCGGCCUCAUCCUCCUCCACCUGCCCCAUCCCCCAGAACUCCCUGAACUCGCAGCAGUCCUCCCUGCUGCCCUCCGCCCUGGACAGCGACCUGCACUUCCACCAGCUGCGCGGCGCUCACAUCAAGACGCUGGACGAGCAGACGGUGGCGCGCUCCGAGCACGCACGAGAGGAGCGCACGCUGGUCUUCACCAACCGGCCCCUGCGCACCGGAGAGACCGUCUUCAUCAAGGUCACCAAGUCCAGCCCGGUGCGUUCGGGCUCCCUGUCGUAUGGCGUGACGUCCUGCGACCCGGCAGUCCUGCGACCCAGCGACCUGCCCUACAACCCGGAGGCUCUGGUGGACCGGAAGGAGUUCUGGGCCGUGUGCCGUGUGCCGACGCCGCUGCAGAGCAGCGACAUCCUGGGCUUUCUGGUCAACCAAGAGGGUGAGGUCAUCCUCAGCCACAACGGCACCAACGUGGGCAUGCAGGUGUGUGUGGACAACUCCCGCCCACUUUGGAUGUUCUUCGGCCUGCAUGGAGCUGUGACGCAGCUGAGGAUUCUGGGCUCGUCUCACGUCGGGGACCCCCGGGCCACCUCCACCACCAGCUCCCCCUCCUCCUCCCCUCGCAGCCCCAGCAACCUGGGAAGCGGUGUCUCCAACCCGGUUCUGAACGGAGGCCCGAGUUCGGCUGCGUACUGCAGCUCAGCAGGAGGGACCGUCCCCAGCUCCCCCGCCAGCCUCCCCAAGUCCCCGACGUUCCCGUCGGGCCGAGAGCCGUGGUCCGACGAGUGCUCCAUCUGCUACGAGAACUCUGUGGACACGGUCAUCUACACCUGCGGACACAUGUGUCUGUGCUACACCUGCGGCCUGAAGCUGAAGAAGAUGUCCAACGCCUGCUGUCCCAUCUGCCGGAGACAAAUCAAAGACAUCAUCAAGACGUACCGCAGCACGUAG